AUGACCAGACGGACUAAAGGCGGAAAAGGAAAGAUCAGGCAAAACAGGGAACGGAAAACCAAACUAACCGAACCGACCGACCGCGAAACACGAACGAAUCAAAGACAAGCACCCCUGAAAAGGGACAAACACAAAGCACGAAACGAAGAAAAACGGAAAAAGACGCGAACGAACCAAGAAACACUGACCCAUGAAAACGAAAAGAACCAGAAACGUGUAACCAAAAAAUCAAAGAAAACGGAAACAAUAAACAAUAACAAUAAAACACUAACAAACGAGCAGAGCAGACGAGAAGACGGAAACGAAUCGAAAAGACGCCGACCAUCGAACCCAAACAAGUCCGACGAACGAAAACGGAAAAAUCAAACGAAACGGACGAAACGCGAAACAAAAAAGUCA